AUGAAAAUUAAAGUUAUCUCUAGAUCAGAGGAAGAUCAUACAAAAGAAGUCAGUACAGAUGCAAGAAAACUACAGAGAAAUUUAGAUCCAUUGAUGCAUCCUUUCGAGAGACCACGUGAAUACGUUAGAGCAUUGAAUGCCGUAAAGUUAGAUAAAGUAUUUGCAAAGCCAUUCAUUACAUCGUUGCACGGUCACACCGACGGUAUCUUUACAAUGAUAAGACAUCCAACCCAAGUAAAUUGUUUCGCAUCCGGUUCAUGUGAUGGUGUUAUAAAAUUAUGGAAUCUAUCAACAAUGAAUGAAAGAACAACUAUUCAAUCACAUGAUGGUUUUGUAAGAGGAAUUUGUUUUACUAAUAAUGGAAGAAGUAUAAUAUCGUGUGGUGAAGAUCAGACUAUAAAGAUGUGGAAUCUUACACUGCCAGAGUACGAGUCGGAGCAAGACGUUGCUUCGAUCUUCAAGGGAAAGAGUUCGUUCACUUCGAUCGACCAUCAACUGAAUUCGACGACUUUUGCAACUUCGAGUGUCAACGUCGAGGUCUGGGAUCACAAUAGAUCGACGCCACUACAGAGCUUGUCAUGGGGACACGCCUCUGUCACAAAAGUACGAUUCAACCCGAUCGAGUACCACUUGUUGUCGGCGUGUACAAGCGAUCGUGAGAUCAUUCUCUACGACAUUCGUGAGAGUACCCCAGCGCAAAAGUUGAUUACCAAGAUGCGUACGAACGCGACCGCUUGGAAUCCGCGUGAAGCCUACAUGAUUGCACUGGCCAACGAAGAUGAGAAUUGCUAUCAAUACGAUAUUCGUAAUCUCAAGAAGGCGGUAUGUGUCUAUCGUGAUCACGUCGGUUCGGUGUUGGACAUUGACUUCUCGCCGACCGGUACAGAGUUUGUCACUGGCUCAUACGAUAAGACCAUUCGUAUCUUCCCAGUGGAAUCAUACUCAUCGCGUGAAGUCUACUUUACCAAUCGUAUGCAACGUAUCUUCUCAGUACUCUACACAGCCGACAGUAAAUUCAUCAUGUCUGGUAGUGACGAUAUGAAUAUUCGUGUUUGGAAGUCAAAGGCAUCGGGUGCUCUCGGUAUAAAGUCGGCCAGAGAGAAAGAGAAACUCGAAUAUCAAGAUAAAUUGAAAGAGAAGUUUAAAGAAAUUCCACAGAUUAAAACUAUUGCACAACAUAGAAGAGUACCAAAAGCAAUUUAUAAGAAGAGAUAUCUAAAGAAUGUCAUGCACAACUCACAACAAAGAAAGAUAAAGAACGAAGGAAAGACACCAUCAAAGAAAAAGAGUGUUGCAGAGAAGAAGAAAUUGUUACAGGAAGCAAAUGUUGUUGUAGAGAAAUAA